GCGGGGGAAAGCGGUUACACGCGUCUGUUGUCACCAGUGAUAGCUGUUGGAGAACAUAAGUGGCGAUUGUUUGCACAUCAAAGUGGUUCUAUAGUGUCUAUUUGAUUUGUCAUCUCAUUUGAAGAUGGAGGAAAUAAUGCUUCAUGCUUAUACAACUCCAAAAAGAUGUCGAAUGCAAGAAGAAGAAUCUUUUGUCAGUUUAGAUAACUCUGGUCAAGCUACUCAAGGGUUCGUCACUGACAGCGACGAAUCUCAAACAACAAGGACCCACUAUAACGAAAAUAACUUAAAGAGAGGGAGACCACGAGCCGAAGUGAUCAAUAAUCUGAUUAUUGAGGGAUCUUCAUCUCACAGUUCAAUUCGUUGUGACAUUUGCAACCGUGUCUUCCCCCGAGAAAAGUCCCUCCAAGCACACAAAAGAAUCCACACCGGUGAAAAGCCUUAUUGCUGUGAUUACCCAUCAUGUGGUAAAGCAUUCACUCAAAGUGGGCAGCUAAAGACACAUCAAAGACUUCACACUGGAGAGAAGCCAUUUAUUUGUAGUGUUCUUGGGUGCAACAGUCGUUUUACCCAUGCCAAUCGCCACUGCCCAGAUCAUCCUUUUGCUAGCCUGCGCAGAUGCCAUGAAUUGGCUCUUCAACCCUUGCUUAAUCAGGCAGAGAACUCCCCAGAUGUUCUCCGCUGGUUAGAAAACUACAGAAAAAGAAAUGAUGAGAAGACACCUGGCAAACUUUCUGAUACCAAUGAUGAAGCUGAUUCUAGUGAUAUAAGGAUGAAGAAGUGCCGGACAAAGAAAGGCUGCUGGUCAACCGAUUCGCAGCAAGAAAACGAGCAGCAAAGCCAGAAUAACAUCAACAGGCAACAGAGAAGAGGCAAAGGCAGUAUCGCUAAAUCGCUACAGUAUGGAAUGGAAACAAGUAGCGAUGAUGCUCAAUCGAUCCCACUAUACAGGAAGCUUUGCGAAGCUGUGGAGCCAUCUUCAUUUGGUUGCACCCCUCUUCAAUGGUCUCCGAGGUCGAGUAGCAGCAAGAACAAAUCCUUUGCAGCUAGUACUUCUGUUUCGUCAACACCAUGCCGCAACAUAUCAUCCGGCUAUGAAUCUAUGUUUCAAGAAUGUCACCUCAACAGCACGUUGGAUUCCAGUCGCGAGAAUACCAUGAACGAAACAGCCAACGGUUCUAACAGUUUCCUGGCGCUGCCUGACACGCCUGUCCGUCCGGAAAAACCCAAGCGGCGUUGGUUGCGGGAGGCUCUGACGAGCAAUAAUGAACAACUUAAUGCCAACAUGAACCGACCAAGCGUCAUCAUUGCUUCGCCUAGGGUGUUUCAACCUAACAGCACAUCCACGCCCGACAAGCCCAGCAACAGCAACUUGAUGCGCGCACUGCAAAAUGCCGAAAAGCAAUGGACUGGUGCCAUAGCUUUAAUGCAACUUGCUUCUUCAAGUGCACAGUCCUAAACAAUUGAAAAUAAUGAAUUCACCAAAGUUUUUUUAUUUCAAAUACGAACCCAUCCUUCCAAUCCUGUCGUCUUUCUAAUCUGUUUUUUUCAUUCUCCUUGUAAUUGCUCAGCGAAACACGGUAUUACUAUCUAA